AUGACAUUCAUGUGCGGGUGCACCAUGGCGUAUUUCUAUCGACGUGCAAGACGAAAUAAACAGGUAUUUUUCAUAGAUUGUUUAACCCUUAAGAGUGACUAGCAUCUAAUUUCUCCCAACAAUAUCACCCUCAAAUUGCACAUUAAGGUGACGAGAAUAAAGAAAAUGGUCACCAACAAGAAAAAUCUGGAUUAUGAAACAAAUUCUCCUCAUCAGCAACUAAGGGAAUGUAUGGGGAACAGUAAGGGAAAUACGCAUACUGAUGCUAGGGUGGAAAGGGUUAAAAAUUAACUUUGUCCAACUCUCAAAACGAUAUUUUUUCUUCAACUAAAUUGCUGCUAAAUGAAAUCGGAAAGAAUACUCAAGGAGGUGAACAAACUAUUGAACGACUGGACAUUUCGAUCACCAAAUCAUGAGUGACCAUGAACUGUUGUCAGUUGAAGAUAUUGACAUUCUAUCCAUUUCAAUAACAGGGUAACAGGGAUGAGGGAGAACUUUAUGUGGUCUGCUUGGCCAACAACGAUUUGGCUGAGGGGAUAGCUGAAGAUGACAAUCAUAAUGAGAACGGUUCAGCGCCUUUAGUGGUAAAUGUUGUCGCUCCGCUGGUAGAUGAUGAAAAGCUAAAUACUAAUAUGCGACCAGAAAGAAAAGACCCCAAACAAGACGAUGGGAGUGUCGACUCGAUGCUCCUAGAGGGACGCAAGAUUCCUACUCCACCACAUGUUGGAGAAAAAAAUUUCAGAAAUCUCAUCUUUGAUCAAAAAGACCAGGCAGAAAAGUUGUUAAACUCACGCAGUGGUCAUUUCAGUGCUCAAGAUGGUUGUGAUGAUGCCAACGUGAUUCCACAUCAAGAAAGUGGCAUGGAUAGCUACAAACAUGGCGAUCAAAUGCUAACAUCUCUUAACAUAGCGCCAGAAGAAUGCGAAAAAGACUUGGAUGAUCUCGAAGUGCUUGAAGAAGUGCUCGGCGAAGGGGAAUAUGGAAUCGUUUACAAAGGUCGUUGUGGUAGAAAGAACGGAAACGUUAUUGAUGUUGCAAUAAAAAAGUUGAAAGGUAUGCAUAAGAGUCUCAUUCUAUUCGCACUGAUCUUUUUUAAGUUUUAACUUUUCCUACAGUCAGGAGGGAUCAGUAAGUAAAUACGAUCACGUAGAUGCUUUUGAGACCAUUGAAUGUCAUCAUAAGCUUCUGAUGUAAUUUAAUUGCACUCAAUAUUCUCUGAGGAAAAUGAAGGAGUAUAACGUAACAUCUUUUCACAUUUUUAUUUAGAUGAUGCAAGCAAACUUGAGAAAGCCGCGCUGUUAAACGAGAUAAGGACUCUGAAACAGGCUGGCCGACAUCCGAACAUUGUCAAUUUAAUUGGAGCAUGGGUACACGGAGGUAAGGUUUCGUUCGACCAUACAAAUGGCAUAGAAUGGGCACCAUCCCCAGUCUCACCGGCCUGCACAAAAAAGCCAUCAAUAAUUACUUUUUACUGAAGUUUACGGAAUAACUGUGGUGUUAGGGUUAAUUCCGGUCGCGUGAAAAUUUUUUUGAGUUGUCUUUCUCUUUGACCCCCUCUAAUUUUUCUGUCCCAGUUAAUGACAAGAUAACUUUGCGAUUUCGUAAACUACCUUUCAUGCAGCCCGUAAGCCGUCGUCGAGUUCUUGAUAGCCAACUUUUCUCUACUCAGAAACAGUUUUUGUUGUUACUGAAUUGGUCCGAGGUGGUAGCCUUGAAAGCCUUUUGAAGAGCAAGGACGACGGAAGUAACGAAUAUGCAAAUGUCUGCUGUAAACUGAGCGUCCGACAGCUGUUGAACAUUGCACUGCAAGUGGCCUUGGGAAUGCAGCAUUUAGAAGAGCGGAAGGUUGGCAAAUCACAGAAAAUUUAUCUCAACGAUAACUCUUGGUGAAAAUUUGACUCAUUCUUAACAUGCUUUGGCAUAAUAUUUGUGUAAUAAAAAACCGAAAUGGCAACUUUCUUUUCAGUGCAUUCACCGCGACCUUGCAGCGAGAAAUGUCUUUAUUGAUUCAAACAAGGUGGCAAAAGUUGGAGACUUUGGAUUAGCAAGGAACAUCUCAGACGAUGGAUUAUACAUCAAAACUUCAUGUGUAAGUAUUGGAUCACUCAUUAUUAGUCUUCAUUCUUAUGUUGAAAGCCGCAGGAAAUUUAAAUUUCUGUUUAAAUACGACCACUCAUUUUUCUCUGGGGCCCCAUAAGCUCAACUCAAAGAAACCCUGAAUUAAAUCUAUUUAUUUAUCAUAAACCACUUUUUUUCUGUCUGCACUCUUUCAAUAUAAAAAACAGUACAUGUAAGUAUCACUUUAGAGGGUCAGAACCUUGUCGUGGGCUAAAUUUCAUUAUUUCCUUCUAAAUUAGGCGAGCAAACGCUUUGGUUGGCAUGAUAUCCUGUAUGCUUGUUCAUUAUAUUACAAGAUGAUACAGAAUAGCUUUUUUUAAGCUACCUUUAUCAACAGGUUAAAAUUCCAUGGAGAUGGUCGUCUUUGGAAUCUCUUCGAGACCGAGUUUAUACAUCCAAGAGCGAUGUGUAAGUAAACAAAAAGAAACAUACGAUGUCUGACGUGGAAGGGGUAGCCUUGUCCACCACCAAUAUGUUUGAUCAAGAUCGAGGCGCUUAAGGCCGCUGAGAUUUUUACGUACCGAGAAUAAUGUUGGAGAGGAGUUCCUCUUCUCCUUUUUCCCUUCCUUUUGUAUUCCACUCGAUGUCCCUGGGAAUCAUGCGUGUUUCAUUUUAGUCAUUUUGAACUGUAUUUCGCUCUACACUCAUGUGUAUCGAGCACUUUCCAACAGCAUUUGCUUACAAUUUCCCACAAUUAUAUAUAUAUAUAUAUAUAUGUAUAUAUAUAUAUAUAUGCAAUUUUUAUGAUGAACUUUCACUUGCUAAAUUCUUACACUUAUUUUAAAAAAUUCCGCUAUUUCAUUUUCCGAAAACAAUAGAUACCUUUAAAUGAACGCGUCCUUUUUCUUAAUCAUUUUCAGUUGGUCGUUCGGCAUACUACUUUGGGAAAUAGCAACAUAUGGUAGGUCUAUAAACAUUUCUAUAAACAUUCAAUGAUUUCUAUGUCUAGGAAGAGCUAUAUUAAAACGCUUUAUCAUCUGGCGAAGUGGUCCUGAGGUAAAUUCUAGCGUUCAGUGAAUUCAGUAGAUUUUGCGAGCGUUCUUAGUUCGGGUCGGGAUUUAUCCAUACGGACCGUUCCAAGGAAACGAUCAUACAUUGCGUAUUUUUGUUCACGAAAGUCGGCGAAUACAAAAUUAAAAAGUUUGGUCCGAGCAUCGCACAAUAAACUACUUACUAACCUCGCUUGCUCGAGUCUUACUGUGGAAUAUUGGACCUCAGUUGUUUUAGUGUGCAGCUGACUGCGCUCAGUCCGUACUGCCACACCCUCGGCCCUCAUGCUCAGUUAGUAAGACGUUAAAAAUCCAUUAUGUUUUUAAACUUAAAAGCUAUUACCAUCGAGCAAACUCCGUUAUUUUGCUUUAUAGGUGAGUUGCCAUACCCUGACAUCGAAUCACCACUUUCCCUUGUAAGUCAGCUCUCUACGGGCUAUCGGAUGCCUCGUCCUCAUCGAUGUUCGGAAGAACUGUAAGUGUUUCGAUCAUUUGUAAGACCGUCUAUUUCUUACAUAUAUUUGCUAACAUGUUAACAGUCGACACUUUUAUCAUUAUUUAAGUAACUGGAGGCAUUUGUCACGUGACUGGGUCAACGAAAUAUUCUGCCUCCCAUAAGAUACGGGAACUCUACCUAUUUGGGAUGUCGCUGUCAUAAGACCUCCGUAGUUUGGUUGGGUGAAGAUUGAGUGAGCUAGUUGACUAAAGAGGUCUUCAAUAUUCAAGAAUGAUGCAAUGCAUUUGUAGGUAUAUGUUAAUGAGCUCUUGUUGGAACGAGAAUCCUUUGUUGAGACCUUCGUUUACUGACAUCGUGAAUCAGCUGGAAUACUUCUUAAGAGAAGUAAAGGUGAGUGAAAUUGGAUGUAAGCCAUUCCUUACUGCUUCCUUCCUCUUCCACUUUUUCUCUUUUCAAUUAAUUACACUUGAGUAGAUUACGCGGAAACAUUUUCCCCCCUCCAGUUUUCAAAUGCCGAAGAGACUUGCAUCUAAGGAGGAGUCAUAUAAGUCGAGGGAAAUGGCAGCAAAAAUCGAAACUCUCCUCGUAGUAAAUGGCUUAUUAAAAUUGAAAUUAUAUCUAAAGGAAAAAUGAGACAAAUAAAAUUGUUACCAGAAUGAUAAAAUGUAAGUUGAAAAAAAUGGGGGAAUAAAGGUUUGAAAGUCGUGUAUAUUAGGUUUAAUUGGUCUUUCUUAAGUUCUAUUUUUCAUCUUUUCUCAUCCGCUCGCUUGUUCCUUUUGUCAUUAUUAUCCAUUAUCACUAUUAUCAUUACUGAGCUUCCUACGUGUAUCCAACCUGUCAUUUUUUCAUCGCUUUGAUUCUUCUGUUCCAGAGGACAUAUAUCAACAUCAUGGAGGAUGAAAUCACUAGCAGAGUUGAUUUGAAGAAGAAGUAAAAUGAGUGGGCAGAAAAUCCAGCACCUAGCGCCAUGUUGUGCUGUAUUUCAAAAUUGAGUAGUCUUGAAUUGAACGACCUGUUCAUCUUGUUACCAAUAAGCUAGGUGAAAAAGAAAGUUAUCGAAAUCUUAGUUGUUGUUAUGCUGGUGGGCUUAAGAAACUCAGUCCUUUUUAUUUUCCUUGGUAAUUUUCAUGAAAGCAGCUCCU